AUGGAUCCCUCCUCCGGAUCCGCGUCCCGCCACGGUCGCCUCCUCAUCUCGCCGUCGCUCUCCACCCCGACCUUCUCCACCCGCUCCCCGUCCCCCUCACCCUCACCGGCCGCGUCCCCCGCGCCGCACCACCACCAGGAGCGCCGCAACUCCACGUCCUCCCCGAAGCCCCUGGUCCCCUUCCCGGCCUCCUCUUCCUCCAGCAGGCCCCGCUCCUCCUUCGGCGGCGCGGGGCCCCGCGGCGCCGCGGCGGCGGCCUCGGCCUCGGGCCCGGCGUUCGCCCACAACACGCGCCUCGCGGCGGCGCUGGUGCCCGCCGCGGCCUUCCUUCUCGACCUUGGCGGGCUCCCCGUCUUCGCCGUCCUCGCCAUCGGCCUCGCGGCGGCGUACCUCCUCGACGCGCUCCAGCUGCGCCAGGGCGCCUUCUUCACCGUCUGGGCGGCGCUGCUCGCGGCCGAUGUCGCCUUCUUCUUCUCCGCCUCACUAUCGUCUGCUGCUGCCGCCUCGCUGCCGCUCACCGUCCUUGCACUGCUUCUCUGCGCCGAGACCUCCUUCCUUAUUGGCGUCUGGGCGUCGCUGCAGUUCCGAUGGAUCCAGCUCGAGAACCCGACCAUUGUUGCUGCCCUUGAGCGGUUGCUCUUUGCCUGUGUGCCCAUCGCCGUGCCUGCCCUCUUCACGUGGGCUCUCGUAUCUGCGGUCGGCAUGGCCAAUGCAUCCUACUACUUUGCCGCGUUCUGCAUGGUGUUCUACUGGCUGUUCUCCAUACCCCGUCCGUCUAGCUUCAAUAGCCGGAAGCAGGAUGCUCCAAUGCUGGACAGUGAUGGCAUUCUUGGCCCCUUGGAGAGCUGUGUGCAUUCUCUGUAUGUGCUGUUCGUGCCGGUGUUGUUCCAUGCUGCGUCCCAUCAUGCCACACUCUUCACAUCGUGGGCCAGCGUGUGUGAAUUGCUGCUGCUGUUCUUCAUACCGUUCUUGUUCCAGCUUUAUGCUUCCACUUGGGGUGCACUGUGGUGGAUCACCAGGGAUGCACGCACAAUGGACCAGAUAAGAAUCGUGAAUGGGUUCGUUGCACUGGUCGCGGUGGUGCUUUGCCUUGAGGUGCGAGUUGUGUUCCACGCGUUUGGAAGAUACAUUCAUGCUCCACCACCACUGAAUUACCUGCUUGUAACGGUCACGAUGCUUGGUGGCGCUUUGGGCCUUGCAGCACAUGCUGCGGGCAAGGUUGGGGAUGCUGCUAGCUCAGUGGCUUUUACAGGGUUGGCAGUGAUAGUCAGUGGAGCAGGAGCUGUAGUCAUUGGAUUCCCCAUGAUGUUUCUGCCACUGCCGAUGAUUUCUGGCUAUUAUGUUGCAAGGUUCUUUACUAAGAAAAGCUUGUCAUCGUACUUUACCUUUGUGGCACUUGCAAGCUUGAUGGUCCUUUGGUUUGUGGUGCACAAUUAUUGGGAUCUGAAUAUUUGGCUUGCUGGUAUGCCAUUGAAGUCCUUCACGAAGUAUGUUGUUGCAGCUGUCAUCAUGGCAAUGGCUGUUCCUGGUUUGGCACUUCUCCCAACAAAACUUCGCUUUCUUCUGGAACUGGGUCUUAUUGGUCAUACAUUGUUGCUAUGCUACAUCGAGAACCGAUUGUUCAACUAUGCCUCCAUGUAUUACUAUGGAUUUGAAGAUGAUAUCAUCUAUCCUAAUUAUAUGGUUUUUAUUACAACCUUUUUGGGCUUGGCUCUUGUAAGAAGAUUAUAUGUGGAUCAGAGACUAGGGCCCAAAGCUGCUUGGAUUUUAACUUGCCUAUAUUCAUCAAAAUUAGCAAUGCUGUUUAUGACAUCAAGAUCAGUUAUAUGGGUCUCAGCUGUUCUGCUACUUGCUGUUACCCCCCCUUUACUUCUUUACAGAGACAAGUCCAAAGGAGCUUCUAAGAUGAAAGUCUGGCAAGCUUAUUUCCAUGCAUCUGUCAUAGCGUUUUCUGCCUGGCUCUGUCGGGAAACAAUUUUUGAAGCUUUACAGUGGUGGAAUGGAAGACCUCCUUCAGAUGGUUUGUUACUGGGUUCAUAUAUUCUGUUGACAGGAGUUGCAUGCAUUCCAAUAAUCGGUCUCCAUUUCCCACAUGUUCAGUCAGCAAAGAGAUUCCUGGUCCUUGUUGUGGCUACAGGCCUUCUCUUUGUUGUUAUGCAGCCUCCUAUUAAGCUAUCAUGGGUAUACCGGUCGGAUUUUAUCACAGCAGCACAUUUAUCUGAUGAUGACAUUUCAAUAUAUGGGUUUGUAGCAUCUAAGCCCACAUGGCCGUCAUGGCUGCUCAUCGCAACUGUGGUACUUACACUAGCAGCAGUUACAUCCAUCAUCCCAGUGAAAAGGGCUAGAAUGUCACUUUUGGGUCUCUAUGCUGCUAUCUUCAUGAUUAUUGCAUUAGAAAUCAAGUUUGAGCUGGCUUUGCUAUUGCGUGAAAAGGCUGCAGACAGAGGUAUGCAUGGUCCAUCUAGUCGGAGUUCUGCCUUCCCACCAAAAGCAAGGCUGCUCCAGCAACGAAGAGCUCAUGCUGCACCAACAUUCACCAUCAAGCGGUUGGCAGCAGAGGCAGCAUGGAUGCCUGCUAUCGGCAAUGUUUCUACUGUGCUGUGUUUUGGCAUCUGCCUGGUUCUAAAUAUAACACUCACUGGUGGCUCGAACCGUGCUAUUUUCUUCCUGGCACCCAUCCUUCUGCUCUUGAACCAGGAUUCAGAUAUCUUCGCAGGAUUUGGUGAUAGGCAGCGCUAUUUCCCAGUAACAGUUUCUAUUUCUGGUUAUUUAUUAUUGGCAGCAUUGUAUAGGAUAUGGGAGGAGACUUGGCCUGGCAAUGGAGGAUGGGCUCUUGACAUUGGGGGCCCAGGCUGGCUGUUUGCUGUGAAGAAUUUUGCUCUUCUUGUGCUCACUUUACCGAAUCACAUACUCUUCAACCGCUUCAUGUGGGAUUAUGUCAGACAGACAGAUGCCAAGUUACUGCUGGCGCUACCUCUCAACUUGCCUUCGAUUAUAAUGACAGACAUACUUACUAUUAAAGGGUGUUAG